GGCACGUGUGAGGGGAGCGGAGUGGCGUGGGCCGGUGUUGCCGCAAUGCCCAAGGUGCGAGCGGGGAAGCGGCUGCGGAAGGAGCGCGGGGAGGGCGGUGCCUCCGGCAUUCUCUUCAACACCGGCGCCGGACAGCACAUCCUGAAGAACCCCCUCGUGGUCAACAGCAUCAUCGAGAAGGCUGCCCUACGACGUACAGAUGUCAUUCUGGAAGUGGGCCCAGGAACUGGUAACCUGACAGUAAAGAUGUUAGAGAAAGUUAAAAAAGUUAUUGCUUGUGAAAUUGACCCUAGACUUGUUGGUGAACUGCAGAAGAGAGUGCAGGGCACGAGUCUGGCAAACAAACUAGAAAUCAGGGUUGGAGAUGUCUUGAAAACAGAUUUGCCGUUCUUUGAUGCAUGCGUGGCUAAUUUGCCCUACCAGAUUUCUUCACCUUUUGUUUUCAAGUUGCUGCUUCAUAGACCUUUUUUCAGGUGUGCAAUACUUAUGUUUCAAAGGGAAUUUGCACUCCGUUUGGUUGCCAAACCAGGAACUAAACUAUACUGCAGACUCUCUAUUAAUACUCAGUUACUAGCUCGAGUGGAUCAUCUGAUGAAGGUUGGAAAGAACAAUUUCAGGCCUCCUCCCAAAGUGGAAUCCAGUGUUGUCAGAAUAGAGCCAAAGAACCCACCACCACCUGUCAACUUUCAGGAGUGGGAUGGUCUGGUAAGAAUAGCCUUUGUUAGGAAAAACAAGACACUCUCCGCAGCAUUUAAGUCAAGUGCUGUAGAGCAGUUACUGGAUCAUAAUUACCGAAUUCAUUGUUCCUUACAUAAUACAGAAAUACCUGAAAACUUCAAAAUUGCAGAGAAAAUACAGGCAGUCCUAGAAAAUACAGGUUACUCUGAAAAACGAGCCCGUUCAAUGGAUAUAGAUGAUUUUAUUAGCUUGCUACAUGGCUUCAAUGCAGAAGGCAUCCAUUUCUCAUAGAUUCUACUUGAAGAAUGGAAGAUCUUCUGUAUUUUGUCACCGCAGACUUAUCUAAACCAGAGUGGCUACAGUGUACAUGCACAUUCUGGUUCUUAAAACUUUACACGCAGUUUUAUCACAGAGAGUAGGGAAGAAGCUGAUGCUUUCUAUUUUAAGAGAGAAAUGCUUCACAGCUGAAGUGAGGUGCUGGAAUCCCAUAUGACUGUAUGUUUUAAAAUAUACCAAAUAACAUGGAUGGAUGCUGCCGUGAUUGAAGUUUGUGUUCUCUGAUCAUGGACUUGACUUUGCCUCAGUAAAUUCUUGCACAGUGCUCAACAGUACAACCCUAAGUCUAGCCUGGGCAACAAAAACAGUUGUAGUCAUUCCAUUUGUUUGGGAUUUAUAUUUUUUGUGCGUUUUUUCAAAGUAUAUUUAAACACGUUAAUUUGAAAUGCCGGCCUCUUCCGUGUGUUCUCUGGUGUGUGCCCCUAUUCCAGUUCUGUUAGCAAUCAGCUUUUCUUUGAGAAAUCCCAGUAACACUUUCUCAGGAACACGAGCAUUUAUCUUGCCAGCUCAGAAUCAGUUACAAAAACACUACAGAGGUACCUGAAAGUACCAGUGUCAUCUCCUUAUGCCGUCUUUAUUGCCCUCAAACCAUGGCAGGAACCAGCAGAAAGCUACCAAAGGGCUCGUCUCAUUAGCAUAGACAGAAAGAUUAUUUUUGCCAACUGUAAAUUCAAGCAGCUAUUUUUAUAAGAAAAAUACUUCACCCAUCAAGGGAGGGAAAGGUUUUAGCACAGAUCAAAGCUUUCAGUGAGUCUUACAGGAAUGCAUGCCUAUGUCCUGACAGAAAGACUUAGAAGUGCCUUAAUAGCGUUUGGAUUACUAUGUAUUUAUUAUUAAGGACAAGGCAAUUUUUUUAAGGAGUUUUGUAUUAACUGUAGCAGCUCUCAAAAGAAAAAUUCACUUUGGUCUGUCUUACAGGAGAAAGUAAUUUUUCAGUCGGCAGCAUCAUGCAGAGGUGAAGGCACAGCUCCAUGUAUUAGCUACCAUAAGUAAUUUUUUCAUGUGUUGUAUACUUCUUUCAGUACAACCACAGUAAGUGGAGAAGAGGCAAAUUGGCAAAAACUCUCAAAGAUGCAGUGUCAUUUUAUACACAUCCAGUGUCAAUUCUUACAAGUCAUUGAUUCAGAAGCACGUACAGAAACACGCACUUGAAUCUACAAGCAUCCCAAGAAGUUUUGAAAAACCAAAUUGCUCAUUUAUUUUUUAAUUUAAUGAUUCUAGUGCUGGUUCACUGCAUAGAGAACCAACGUAUGGGUGAGGUAAGUAGCAACAGCGAUACAUUCAGACUAAUACAGAAGGAGCAAGUGCUGGAGAUCUGUGUCACUUUGUAGGAAGCUGCUGAAAUGUUACUGCAUCUGUCAUUCCUGUCUGCUUUGGCACCUGCUGUAAUCCACAGCCUGGUUGUGGCUCUAGGCUUGCACAGAGGAGCGGUAGGGAAUCUGCUAUUUCUGAUACAGAGUGUCUUGAUCAUUAGAGGCAUUUUAGAAAGUAAGCUGCUGGAGAAGUCUUUAAAGCAGCUCUCUGGUGUUGUACGAUAACCUGUACUGUACUAUCACCUGCUACCAAAACCUGCUGCUUUCUGUUUCACUGGUUUUUCUUACAACUGUGAAGGAGGACGUUCCUAAAUGCUCAGAAAGACACAUGAUGUUUCUUUUAAGACCUGCCACAAAACUUUCAGGACAGCAUUCUGGGCAACUUCUUCAUGUAUGACAAGUCUGUACAAAGAGCUGGCUCUUGAAGUAAAUACUCAUUCUGAAAUCAGAGGCCUUCUGUUCAAAAGUAACACUGAUGCGGUUACAAAGCACAACAGAAUUUCCACAGAAGUAAACUCUCACAUGUAACUCAUUUAAUAGCUUAAUUUUAUUAAACACAUUAUGUAAAAUCUA